AUGAACUCUACCCCAAUUGACUCCCAAACCUACAUCUAUGCGGUUCGCGGAAUCCCCGUCGUAAGGGCACUACGAACUAACUCCAGAACAUUGUCUUUCAACUAUAUGCGCCUUGAUUCUCUUACUCGCCUUCAAUCGUUCUCUGUCGACAUGGACAACGAGGGACUUUCGACGCAACACCUGCUAAUGAAGAAAUUCCUCAAGUACCUUUAUCGACCCACGACUGGAUCUCUUCACUUCGCUCUCACUGCUCUGAAACUGACUUCUCUUGCUCGCAUCGACGUCCCCUUGCUUCGCUUAAUCUCUAAGAAUACCCCUGCUCUGGUCCAUCUCCACGUCAGCUGCACUGAACGACUCUGGUACGAAUGCUGCUGGAAUUGCUACACCGACAAUGCGGAAUGCUUCAUUCACUCGCCCAUCCCGGACAUGUUUAUCGACGCUGAUGAUCUCGCUAGACAAUUUUCCUUGGCCCUAAAACCGUUGACGAAGCUAACCCACCUUCAUAUGGGAAUCUUCCUCACUCAAGAAAGCUAUUUAUACGAGCACGUAGCUCACGCUAGAUACGAGCAGUCAUAUCCUCCAGAUGAGUGCGACGUAUGCACGAAGACGACCCUCCAGACCCCCUUCAUCGACUCAGACCUCUCAGAUGAUCAUCCCCAGAAUAACGCACUGGACAUACUGGACCCAGCCGCAGAAAUGGAGGCAAUAGAACUGCGAGCCAGUUUGAUCUUCGCGAAGAAUAUCAGGUCCCUCACGCGUAUCAGCUGGAGCUCGUGGCUUGGUCAAAGGUCAAGUGUUGAUUGGAAAGGAGAAGAAGAACCGACUGUUGAUACACGCGGCGCACCGAAUACAACGAUCUGGAUCCGCAGACAUGCUGGGCGCGUGCGACUACGAUCCGCACCUUGGUGA